AUGUCUAUUACCACCUCUACUAUUGACGUUCGAGGAUAUGAAUCCGCACGUGCUUGUACCUAUUACAUAACAUCUAGUAGGAGCCAUGCAACUGACCCUGGUAACUAUUUUCGUAUAUUUAAUCGUGUUCAUUUUUACAUGUAUAUUUCGUGGAAUUUAUCUUUCGAAGAAAGUGCAUUUCAUGCAUUACGUUGUAUGUAUACUAACCCACAUAUAUGA